AUGUUAGUGCUCAAACACUGGGACAUCUGGCCUCUGGAGCUGGAGCUGCUCGAGGAGGAGGAGUAUGACCACCAGUCAUCUGCCGUCGACCGACAGGCUCUAUCUCGGCCUGCUGCCGCAGCUCCAAGUGAGCCAGCCGCCCUGCUGCGUGAGCCGCUGCAGCCGGGUGACAGGUCCUCACGCACCCGGGACUGGGUGGAGCAGUCCUCCCAGUACGGACAACUGUGCCUUCACUACGACGCAGACAUCUCGGCUGCCACCAAUGUAACAGCUGUGAUCUCGAAGCUUCCCGCUGCGCUGGCGCUGAAGUGGGGCGAGCACGCUGUACACAGCGGACUCGUCCGCCCCACUCUGGCCGACCUGGACAGCUGGCUGCGCCGCUACGUGGCCGCGGGGCGUGCGUCCCUGACCCUGACGGGCCACAAGCCAUCCAAGGCCGAGGUCAACACCACAAUGAACGACUACAUCGCCCAAGGUCACGCCAGUAAGGUCAGCGGAGAGCACCGCACGCACGAGCGGACGUGGUACCUGCCCCACCACGCCGUUCAGAACUCAAACAAGCCAGGAAAGGUGCGCGUCGUGUUCGAUGCAGCGGCGAGAUGUGGUGGCACGUCACUGAAUGACAACCUCAUCACCGGGCCGAACAAUCUGAACUCACUCGCCGGCGUGCUCAUGAGGUUCCGACAGGGCAGCGUGCCGAUCGCGUCUGAUGUGAAACAGAUGUUUCACCAGAUAACCAUCCGUGCUGAGGACCGACACGCACAACAGUUCCUCUGGCGAGACAUGGACAUGACGAGGGAGCCAGAAACGUAUCAAAUGAACGUGGUCAUAUUCGGUGCUAAGUCAUCACCAAGCACGGCCACCUACGUGCUACGACGGUGCGCAGAAGACGGCAGAGACAAACACCCUCGGGCGGCCGACAAGGUCGUCAGUCGCUUCUACAUGGACGACUACCUGGACUCCGUCGACACCGAGAGCGAGGGACGGGAGUUGGUCAACUCGCUGAACUCUCUGCUGAGCGCCGGCGGCUUCCACCUGACAAAAUGGACGAGCACGUCAGACGUGGUGCUGAAGGACGUGCCGCCUGAGGACAAGUGUGAGGAGUCGCGCGACCUCGACCUGACCGGGGAGAACAAAUGGAUGAAGACGCUGGGCGUUCACUGGUGCGCUCAGGAUGACCAAUUCAGGUUCAAGGUCAAGAAGGUCGACAGUGGGAACACCAAGCGUUCCAUCCUGAGCAUCACAUCAGCAGUGUUCGACCCGCUGGGCAUGUUGGCUCCGUUCAUUGUCCGCGCCAAAUGUCUCAUCCAAAAGAUCUGGCUCGGCGGAUGGGACUGGGACGAGGCCAUCAGCGACAGUGAACUCCUCGCUCAGUGGCACAGCUGGCAGCAGGAGCUGAACGACAUGGACUGCGUGCGAGUGGGCCGCUGUUAUCGCCCCGAUGACAGAGCGGUCGUAAACUGUCAGCUGCACGUGUUCGGUGACGCCUCUGAGCUUGCGUUCGGCGUGGUGGCUUAUCUGCGGUUCGAGUUCGAGGAUGGCACCGGCUACUGCAGCUUCGUGAUGUCCAAGGUGCGGGUCGCACCCAUCAAACAGCUCAGCAUACCUCGGCUGGAGCUACAGGCCGCUGUCAUGGCCGUCCGCGUGGCUGACACCAUCAAGGCAGAGCACGAUAUGGCCAUCAACGAGACCAUCUUCUGGAGCGACUCGUCCACCGUACUCCAGUGGAUCAACAGCGAGAGCAGGCGGUUUAACACCUUCGUCGCAAACCGCAUCGCCGAGAUCCAGGAUGCAUCAGACGUGACUCAAUGGCGACACGUGCCAGGGCCACUGAACCCAGCGGACAUAUGCAGCCGAGGCUGCUCGGUGACGGAGCUGGCGCCCGGCGGCGUGUGGGUUCAAGGUCCGGCCUUCCUGCGGCGCCGUCGCCAGGACUGGCCCGCCGCGCCGCCCCGCACGACGGAGCGCCCGAGAGACGAGGAAACGGCCGAAAUGAGGGUAAUAGCCUGCGCCACUGGGGGAGCUGAGCCGGCCAUAAACCCCAGCCGGUUCUCAUCAUUGGUCAGGCUGCUGCGUGUGACAGCGUGGGUGCGCAGGUUCGCUCACAACAGCCGCAGCCGAGCAGCUGCUGAUCGGCGGACGGGACCGCUGACUGCGGAGGAGCUGAGGGAGGCUGAGCGCGUCUGGCUGCUCAGCGCACAGGCCGAGCAGUUCGCCGAUGAAAUCGCAGCUCUCCAGCACGGAAGGCGACUCCCAUCGAACAGCCGACUGCAUCAGCUGACCCCCUUCCUGGACUCGACCGGCCUACUAAGAGUGGGGGGCCGGCUCCGACACGCCCAGAUGGACUUCGAGGUCAAGCACCAGGUGAUUCUACCCGCACGCGGAGACGUCACUCGGCUGAUCAUCACCGACCGACACAAGAAGCUCGCCCAUUCCGGUGCUGAACACGUGCUGACUCACCUGCGGCAGCAGUUCUGGGUCAUCUGUGGCAGAGCUGCAGUGAAGCGGUACACACGUGCCUGCAUGCUGUGCCGGAAACGGUCAGCCCGGCCAGCGCCGCCGCUGAUGGGUGACCUACCAGCCUUCCGAGUGGGCGAGCCGGCCCCGGUCUUCGCUCGUGUAGGAGUGGAUUUCUUCGGCCCCCUGACGGUGAAGAAACAUCGCAAACGAGAAAAGAGAUAUGGCUGCCUGUUCACCUGCCUGUCUACCCGAGCAGUCCAUAUCGAACUGGCGCACUCACUGGACACCGACUCGUUCAUCAUGGCCAUGCGACGAAUGAUGGCGAGACGGGGCAACGUCAGCCUCGUGUGCUCGGACAAUGGCACAAACUUCCGUGCUGGUGAGCGGGAAAUGCGGCAGGCACUGCAACAGUGGAACCAGACAAAGAUAGCGGACACGCUGUCUCAAGAAGGGGUUGAGUGGCGGUUCAACCCACCAGGAGCACCGCACUUCGGUGGCGUGUUUGAGCGACUGGUCAGGUCAGCCAAACGCGCACUGACGACUGUGCUGGGAGACCGAGCCGUGGACGAUGAGACGCUUCGAACGGUCGUCACCGAGGUGGAAGGGCUCCUGAACGGCCGUCCGCUGACCUACAUCAGCACCGACCCCGACGACUACCAGCCGCUCACCCCCAAUCACUUCCUGAUCGGUCGCGCGUCUCCCCAGCUGCCGCCCGGUGUGUUCGUCGACGGUGACCUGUGCGGCCGACGGCGCUGGAAGCACACCCAGGUGUUAAUCGACCACAUCUGGCGGCGCUGGCGACGGGAAUACCUCCCGACGCUCACCACGCGGGUGAAAUGGCGCGCAGCCACGGCUGACGUGCAGCUCGGGGAACUAGUGCUGGUGACAGACGACAAUCUGCCCCGCGGACACUGGCCUGUGGGGCGAGUGGUGAACGUGUUCCCUGGCGCCGACGGCCGAGUGCGGGUGGUUGAAGUGGCCACUGCCACUGGACGCUAUAGGCGGCCGGUCUCUCGACUCUGCCGUCUCGAGUGCGAUGGUGACGGACAGCAAAUGGACUCAGAGGGAUAA